AUGUCUGCCUCCACUCGAAUCCCUCCUAUCGCCCGGCCAUUCGUUAGCGACCGGGCCAAAAAGACUCUUGACCUAGUCGAGGAGUUCGUCGAGAAAGACUGCAUCCCCGGCGAUGCAGUCUUCUCCGCCCAGCUCGGCUCAGGCGAGAAGCGAUGGAAGACAAAUCCCGCCGUCCUGGAAGAUCUGAAAGAAAAGGCAAAAAAGCUCGGCCUGUGGAACAUGUUCCUGCCCAAGAGGCACUUCAGCCAGGGAGCAGGCUUUAGCAACCUUGAAUACGGACUAAUGGCUGAAUUACUAGGCAAGAGCAAGAUUGCGUCAGAGGCAACUAAUAAUGCCGCGCCUGAUACUGGAAAUAUGGAGGUUCUGGCCAAGUAUGGAAACGACGCUCAGAAGCAGCAGUGGCUUACGCCGUUGCUUGAUGGGAAAAUCCGCUCUGCAUUCCUAAUGACUGAGCCGGAUGUCGCGUCAAGUGACGCGACUAAUAUUGAGUUAAGCAUUCAGCGUGAGGGGAACGAAUACAUCCUCGAUGGCUCGAAAUGGUGGUCAUCCGGGGCCGGCGAUCCUCGCUGCAAGAUCUAUAUCGUAAUGGGCAAAUCAGACCCCAAAAACCCAGACACAUACCGCCAACAAUCCGUAAUCCUAGUCCCAGCCGACACGCCCGGCAUCAAAGUGAACCGCAUGCUACACGUAUACGGGUACGACGAUGCCCCACACGGCCACGGCCACAUCACUUUUACAAACGUGCGCGUCCCGGUAGCAAAUAUGGUAUUAGGCGAAGGGCGCGGGUUCGAAAUAAUUCAAGGCCGUCUAGGACCCGGCCGCAUCCACCACGCAAUGCGCACGAUCGGCGCAGCAGAGAAAGCGCUAGAGUGGAUGAUCGCGCGCGUGAACGACGAGCGCAAGCAGACAUUCGGCAAGACUCUUUCCGCGCACGGCGUGAUCCUAGAAUGGAUAGCCAAGUCGCGGAUUGAGAUCGAUGCCGCUCGGCUAAUUGUUCUGAACGCUGCUAUUCAGAUUGAUCAGGGAGAUGCAAAGUCUGCGUUGAAGGAGAUUGCUCAGGCUAAGGUCCUUGUUCCACAGUCUGCGUUGACAGUUAUCGAUCGGGCUGUUCAGGCUUAUGGCGCUGCGGGUGUUUGUCAGGAUACCCCACUUGCAUACCUGUGGGCUGGGAUUCGGACGCUGCGCAUUGCUGAUGGGCCAGAUGAGGUUCAUUUGCAGCAGUUGGGUCGGAGGGAGAAUCGUUCACGAAGGGAUGAGGUUAUUGCUAAGUUAAAGUGGCAGCAGGAGGAGUCUGAUCGCUUGCUUAUUGCUUCUGGAUUUAAGGCUAAGAGUCAUCUGUGA